AUGGCUGGCGAACACGAGCAAUACGCCAAUCCCCUGCUCCUUGAUUGGGUCAAGGAGUGGCUGGAUACUGCGAGAGAACGGAACAUGAAGAGCACCUCCACCUAUCGAAAUGCCUAUGAGUCUCUCAAGGCAUGCCCCAUCACCUUUCAGCAUCCACGUCAGCUCACCCAGCUCAAGGGCUUCGGAGACAAGCUCUCUUCACGUCUGACUGAUAAGCUAAAGGAGCAUUGCCAGUCAAACGGUCUGCCCAUGCCUAAGAAUCCGCGGCUGUCCAAGGAAGACCGCACAUCCCUCGGCGGCGCUGCUGAUGAUGACGAGCACCCUCCACCCAAGAAAGCACGCAAGGUAAAGCCUUACGUUCCAACAUAUCGCUCAGGCGCCUACGCUCUCUUGCUAUCACUCUCCACACUGGAUAAGGGUGUACAAUCUGGGAUAACCAAAGCCAGCCUCAUAGACUUGGCUCAGGAACACUGCGACGCAUCCUUCUCUGCACCUAGUGACCCUGGCAAGUACUACACGGCAUGGAACUCGAUGAAGACGCUCAUCGAAAAGGAUCUUGUUUGCGAGAAAGGCCGCCCACAGAGGCGGUACUCUCUUACCGAUGAGGGAUGGGAAGUUGCUGAACGCAUCAAAAAGACCGCAGAAGCCAGCAGCGCAGCCGGCCAUGCUACCGCAGGCCCCAGUACGCAUGCCGGACCUGCCAGUGGGGUUGAUCUGACCUCCAUACCGUUAGAUAGAGAAGCUUCGCCAUCUGUCGAGCCAGUGGAACGGCCGAGAACGACAUCAGAAUACGAAGGCGUUGUCGCGAAUGGACCAGUGGUCUCGGAUGAGGCAUCGUUACCAAACUUCGUCCCGAUUCGGCUGGCACCUGGUUCAUUUACCGUUCAUCUCGCUCUUGACAUCCGCGAAGUUCGAGCAGUCAAGGAUCGCGACUACAUGCAAGACGAGCUCACCAAAAAGGGCGUAAAACCUAUAAUGCGAGCUCUGGACGUCGGUGAUGCACAAUGGAUCGCCAAAUGCCACGAUCCCAACGCCCUAUCCCGCUUUGGCGCAGAGGGAGAUGAGGUUGUGCUGGAUUGGAUUGUUGAGCGCAAGCGACUAGACGACCUUGUUAGCAGUAUCAAGGAUGGCCGUUUUCAUGAGCAGAAAUUCCGACUUCGCAAAUCUGGAGUCAAACACGUUGUCUACAUAGUCGAGGAAAUUGCCUUGGACUCGGCGUAUUUUUCUAAGAUUGAGGAAAUGGUUCGAUCCGCCACUGCGUCUACACAAGUAGUUAAUGGCUACUUUUUGAAGAAGACCCAGAAGAUGGACGACACGAUCCGGUACCUUGCGCGGAUGACAUUCAUGCUCAAGAAGAUGUACGAAUGCAAGCCUCUUUUGGUCAUUCCGACACCGGCCUUGACAGCACAGAACUACUUGCCGUUGCUAGAACACCUUCGGAAGAAAGAGCCUACGACGAAUUACUACAUUACAUACGCGGCCUUUGCCUCGUUGGCAUCCAAGUCGGACAUGAUGACCUUACGAGAUGUUUACCUUAAAAUGCUUAUGACGACUAGGGGCAUUACGGGAGAGAAGGCUUUGGAGAUUCAGAAGCGGUGGAAGACACCACACGAUUUCAUCAAGGCGUUUCAGGAGUGCGGCUCAGGCGAGCAAGGGCUAAAGAGGAAACGGGAGAUGGUUAUCAGCGGUCUGCCCAAUCUUGUAGGGCGCAAGAAGAUUGCCAAGGCCGUCAGUCAACGGCUAGCCGAGGUCUGGGGCGAUGUUUGA